CUAGUAAGACCAAGAGAAAUUUCUCAAUUAGUCUAAAUCUUCUAAUUUCAAAGAUGAAUAAAAAAAAUUUCUAUUUCAACAAGCAAGGUCUGUUUUUUGGCAGCUGCAUAGGCUGUGUGACAGUUCAGAAAUUAUGCUGCCUGUUUAAUCGCUUUGUGAGAAAUAAAAGAACUUUCAGUAUGAAUUUCUGAAGAAAAUGGUGAAAGAUGACUCGCAAAAUAUUUCUGUACCUAUUGAGCUCAGGCCAUUUUAUUAUCCACAGUGUAAUAAAAUGCUCCUAAAAGAUUAAUAUUUCUUCUGUGUUUACCCCAUGCAUUGAAGCUCCAUGGUUGCAAUGAAACCGAGUCUAGACUUGACUUAUUCAGAUUGUCAUUUGGCUUUUGAAAUUACAUAGCUGUGAACAAAGUUAACUUCAUUGCUACUUUUUGGCCAUCUGAAAUCUCUUAUGUGAAAGAAUGGAUGUAGUGUAGUUGGAGAAAAAGCAGGAAGUUAGGGCUUUAAGGAACAGAUAGAUGGUAGAAGAGUGUGGCUAUUGUCAUUUAUGCUUAGGACAGAUCUGGAAAAGUGGAAGGAAAAAAAAACAGGCUGAUAAAAUGCUUGUGAGUCCAGCUGCAAGUUUGGAAAUAGAGCAAAUGAUAAAAUGCCCAUGGUAUACUACAGACUACAUAGGAAAAAAAAACCUUGCAUUUCUUUCUGAGAAGUUAGAAAAAGAAACACAGUAAUAUGACAAAAUAAUUUGAGUGAUUCUCUGUGUUUAAUAGUAUGAGUGAAAUGUCUGUGGCUCUUCUGUACAUUUAAGUUGGUGAAUAGGUAGGAUUUGACUGUGAUGAUGAUAGAAUAAGAACAAAGUAUUCAUUACAUUGGUGAGGAUCACUUUACCAUCUAUUUCAGGAAACCUCGUGCUGAAACAGAAUAGAAAGUUGCCAAAGGUAGCGCUUUUUGCUGUUGCUUCCCUAUUUCUCAUCUUCACACCUCUUCCAGGUGCAGACAGGAGAAUUUGAGUCAGUGCAAGCAGUGUAUAAUCAUUAUACAUUCCUAUCUUGUUUUGAGAGGGAGUACUCUCCCUCCCUAGAUAAGUACAAUCCUCAGUGCUUCAGCACUGUAAUGUUCAAAAGCUGCUACUUUCAAGUGGAUAAAAUGCAGUGAAGAGUUAAAUGUGAGUGUUAGAAGUAGAGGGAAGAGCAAAUCUGAACAAAGUGACAAGUAAAUCUUAACCCUCAUAACAUCCAUGGAUAAAGCUUUAAAAAAAAAAAGAUGUUCAGUUUAAAGUGUUUGUUAAGACUUUUCUGGAAUUUAGAUGCAAGUUCCUUAGCGACUACAAAGGAGACAGUCUCAAUACAAGUAUAUAACAUUAUGGGUUAGGGUAAGUGGGGUACAUGCAUAUUUCCCUUCUCUGACAUUGUCAUAAGGCUGUCAAGAGACUGGAGUAUGCAUUUAUCCUGCUUCAGGGAGAUUCAGCAGUGUUGGCAUAUGUGCUUUGUGUGGCUUCUGGAUUUAAUAGUUUGUAGCUGAGGAUAAGAAUGGUUGAAUUUGUCUGGCUAAAUUUUGAAGACCAAGGAGACAGAUGGAUUAAUAGGAUGGUGUCAGCUGUGGCAUAUACGGGGUUGAGUACAGAGCAGACCAAUAACCAACAAGUCAUUAUUUCCAAUCAGUUGCUGUCCCUGGGACAGACUGACAGUUUCUAUCUAUUACUCAUCACUACUGGGAAGAAGUCAUUUUGUUCAGUGGAUUGGAGUAAGAUUCACACUGACAGUGUUAACCCAUUCAUCUACCAGUUUUCAAAGCUGAGCAUCUUUAAUCAGUAGGCUGAUCAGUUGUACCUCUAUUUUUGCAUCUUUCUAGAAGUUCUGUAGGAAAGGAUUUGAGAUUAAGUGGUUAUAUAUAUGGAUGUAACAGAUAAACUAACUUUUCUCUCAUCUUCUCCUCAAUUACUUUCACUGAACUGUUUUCUCCACAGUUGUAGUUAUGGUAUUGUAUCCAUCUUGAUUUGUAUGUUUAUCCAAGCAAAAUAGCCUUUAGGAAAGUAUUUUAUGUACUUUCGUGUACUUUAUUAUUCUUCGAGUGCAAGCUGUGUUAAUUAAAGAAAAGCAAGAGGAUUUUUAUGGGUAGGCACUCUUGUUUUGAGACAGCCAUGUAACAGAAAAGUUGAAAAAUAUUUCUGUAUAACAGUCAUUGUGAUUCUUAUUUAAUGCCAGGUGGGCUUGAUUUUAUUUUUCCACUGCCUGUCUUUGAGCAAUUGGUCUGUCUGAGAUAGAUGAUAUAAAAUAGUACAUUUGAUGUACAUCUCCAUAUAUGAAAUGUCAGAACUUUUUGUUGUGUAUUGCUAUCAUGUCCCUGUAACUGUAUAGAGAUGUUAUUAGAUAGUUAUUUGAAAGAUUUUGUCCCAGUGUCACUUGUGCUCUACAUAUAUGCGUAUAAACUAUAUGUAAAUAACCAUGCUGCGUUUCUGAGCAGCAUUCAGAGUUCUUCGUAUUAUAAUGAAGCUUUGUUCUAUAUGAUUUUUUUAAGACUGCCAUCUAGUGCCCUAUGCUUUUCAGUAGGAAUUGUGAUUUUUAAGUUAACAGAGAAUGUUAUGUGGUGGUGGCACAGAAAAACUAUUGCAUUAUUGUUUUAUAUUACACUAGUAUGGAAUGGCUUAAUAAAAAAAAAUAGACUUUCAACAAAGUAUAAGGAAAAAUAAUUUAAAAUUUUAAUAUAAUGACAUUAAUUUCACCUACGUCACUCUUGUAUUUCACUUUAAAACAGUGUCUCUGUGUAUGUAUGUGCUUUAAAGAGAAGCAAAUGUAUGCAUGAUAAAACUGUUUUAGGUGCUCAGGAACAUGUUUUUUUAAUAUUGUAUGAUAAAUGUAUGUUUAUGGGAGGUUACUGAUUUAAAAACGAGCUUUGUUACAAAGCGUCUAAACCUUCAAAGUUUAAAAUAAAAUCUUUUCUUCUUUUUAUAUGUUUUUCUUAGUGUCAGAAAUCAAUUCCUUGUCAACAAUGUGUAUGUGAAGUGACAGGCUAUAUGUGAAACAUUUUCCUCUCAAAGUCCCACAGCCUACUUGCUCAGGCAGGAUGUCUUUAAUAGUAUCUUAUUUUACAAUCAGUUUUAGCAGAUAAUGGUACAACCGCUGUUUCAAACCCUCUGUUUUGUUCUCAAUUCUGUAUUCUUUCAUGACUGUUGUGUUCUAAUUUCUAUUUCAGGAACUUCAGCUCAGGAGGAAGAUGAAAGACAGCAUCCCUGAAGAACAUUUGUAUUUGGGUUUUUCUCAUCAGUGUCAAGAUAGUAUCUUUCCUCUUCAUACGUCUAUUUCACUCUUCUUGCUGUCCUACUGUGACUGCAAAUCAUUCAAAAUUUUCUUAGUGCCGACUAAUGAAAAUGCAAAUGAUCCGUUUGUGACAAAAAACCUUCUUGGAGAUCUUGAGGUCCAUUUAAUCCCCAAGUGUCAGCUUCCUAUGGUCGUGCAGAGCUGCUGUUUACCUGCUGUUGUCACGAAAGAUGGCAAGUUCUGUCGAGCUGGGCUUUCUGUGGUCUUAAGGCAUAUAGUACAGAAAACAUUUGAGGCAGAUCCAUCCAAAAAGAAUGUUUUGGAACUCCUAGGCUUUAAGAAGACCUGCUUAAAAGCCUGUGCAGAAGUUAGCCAGUGGACCAGACUCUGUGAGAUCAGCAUACCUCUGGCUGUUGAAGGAUUUUUGACGGCAUCUCCUGAGCACAGUCAGACUAUUCCUGCUGACAUUUUACAGCUUGAAAGAAAACUUGGAGAGCCUGUCCGAGUGCAUAACGAUGACAAAAUUCGAAGGAGAAAGCUUCAACAACAGAAGGCAAGUGCCAAGGCUGCAGCUUCUCUGCUUGAGAGAGAAGCAACAGAGAAAGGGAAAACAGUGGAGGUGCAUGAACACCCACUUCCAAGUUUGGAACUGAGUGUAGCUUUCUCUAAGCUACAUGUCCAAGAGGUAUCACGUGCAGUCAACAGAGAAGCCCCUCUCGUCAGGAGAACAAAAACGUCUGACCUUCCACCUUUAGACCACGUUUUUGCAGAGGGGCUUUAUUUUACCUUGGCAGAUAUAGUGCUUUUACCAUGCGUCCAUCAGUUCCUGGUUUACAGCAAAAAGCAAGGCAAAGAUCUGGUAAACUUACCUCUGAUCUCCAGCUGGUAUCAAAGAGUUCAGCAAGUACCUAGAGUGAAGGAAGCAGCUGGUAAAUGCAACAUGCAGCUUCUCCAGCUUCCAGAGUUGAUACCUGCUCCAGAGGAACACCUAGAAGACUUCUUUCCAGUUCCUGAUGAUUUUGAAGAAGAGCAUGAAAACAGUCAAUUUAUAGGUGGUCCAAGGCCAACGAUGACUAAGUUAAUGGAGAGGGGUAUUGAAGCAAAGUUUUCUCCUCAUCCAUGCCCUGACUGGACCAUAGACUGGACCAGCCUGCCAGCAGCAGUCAAUCCUGGAGAAGGUUCCCCUGCUCUGCAGUGAUGGUUUUCUCUCCUGGAUUGCAGAGCAUUCUGCUACCAAGUCACUACAGAGUUCUGCAGAGAAAAAAGUGCAUUACCACAAUGUUCAUUGUUUUCAUUGGCGUUGUGAAUAGUGAAUACCUUUCAUACCACACAUGCACACUUUAAACAUCUAUGAAUACAAACACAUAUUCCUGCCUACGACGUGGAGGCUG